UUAAGAAAUUAAGAAUUGUCCCGAUAUAGAAACAUGGAGCAGCCGCCAGUAGUUGUUGACUCUAUUUGUCUCUCAAGUUACACCCACAAGCAAAACACAGCAUUAUCAUUUCCACUAUGGCGAAGAAACCUGUCAAAUUCUCUGUGGUGGAUGCCUUCACUGACUCAGCUUUCAAGGGCAACCCGGCAGCGGUUUGCCUGUUGGAGGAAGACAGAGACGACCAAUGGCUGCAAGCUCUGGCUGCCGAGUUCAAUCUCUCUGAAACCUGUUACUUGACUCGGCUCACUGACUCGGUUUCUGACCCUACCUUCGCAUCUACUCCAGCUAGGUUCCGUCUCAGAUGGUUCACACCUGUCUCUGAGGUUGAUCUUUGUGGUCAUGCUACAUUAGCAGCUGCUUCUACCCUAUUUAAGUCUGGUUUGGUAAAUUCCAACAUUAUUGAGUUUUCCACAUUAUCUGGAAUUUUAACAGCUAAAAAGGUUCCAGAUGCUGUUAAGGUAGCCAGUGGUUCGACUAUUCUGAAUGGCGAAGCACAAAACUCCUACUUUAUUGAAUUGAAUUUUCCAGCUGAUCCAUCAAAUGAGUUCAAUUCUGCUGAUGCUUCGUUAAUAUCCAAUGCCUUGGAUGGUGCUUCAGUCAUUGAUAUAAGGAGGACGACUGUCACAGAUGAUUUGCUUGUUCUCCUUCCAUCAGCAAAAGCUGUGGUAGAUUUACAGCCACAGUACGAUGAAAUCAAGAAGUGUCCAGGAUCACGUGGAGUGAUUGUUACAGCGAUUGCUCCUCCUGAGUCUGGAUAUGAUUUCUACAGUAGAUUCUUCUGUCCUACACACGGUAUCGAUGAGGAUCCUGUUUGUGGGAGCGCACAUUGUGCCUUAGCAUCAUACUGGUGCAACAAGCUGGGAAAGAAUGAUCUUGUUGCAUAUGCGGCGUCACCUAGAGGAGGAACAAUAAACAUUCAUCUGGAUGAGCAGAAUCAAAGGGUACUGCUGCGAGGGAAAGCUGUGACUGUGAUGGAAGGAACUGUGUUAGUUUAGUACAUUUUCUUGUUGUUUAAGUUUACAAACAUUUGAAAAUUUUGCAAUGAAUUGCUUGUGUGCUGGGAAUACACUUCAAAGUAACGCUUUUAUCGGUAGGGUUAUCAAUAUUUCCUAACCGAUGAAUAUCACAGUAGCGGUGCUGACCCAAAAGCUCGAUACCGGUACGAGCCAUGCCUAAGAAGUACCACUCUUUUCUAUGUAAAAAUAUGUGAACUGACAGUACGAAUGAUGAAACAGUUUUAGUUUUGUUCUGGUGAUCGAA